AGUGAUAGUAGAGCUUGGCACAUCCGAAGGAGAUUUGAACCAGCACAAUCGGUGCUUUGGAGCUUGACCUACUCCAUACAAGAGCUGGAUCGGAUCUAAAUCGUGCCAAUUCCUUACAAUCAAGCUAUCUCAUUCAGGCAGAUUCGAGCUUUCCCAGCUCUGUUCCGUGCCCUGCUCACUCAAGGCCCAAGCUCUCUCUUGUGUGUCAUAUCGUUGUCGACCUAGGUACACACAUUGCCAACACUCCUAUCUGGUGUCAUGAUGCCUCCGCGCAACAACGGACAGAGCAGCUUCGCAGUAGACAGCGCCUCUACUGCCGAAGUGGCCUGUCCGCUCAGCAAUUCGGAUGGCACAACAUGUCGGAAACGAUGUCUCGGGGAGAAGCGUUAUCGGUCGAUGCAGGAGCACAUCCGCCGAGCCCAUCCCGAGUAUUACAUUCCAAAAUUGCCGGCCACCAAAGAGAGCUUCGAGCAGAUGAUCACCACUCCACCUCAUGAGGUUCCACCGCCAGAGAACAAUCGUCCACAUUCGAGCCAUGUCCCUCAGCAGAACCAUCAUCACACCCAGCACGCACAUCCGUCAGGAGGGUAUAAUCCGUUGGGCGGCCAUGAUGGGGGUUACUAUACUGCGAGUGAUACCGAAGCAGCCAUGUACAAUGGCAUGCAGCUACAUCAGCCUCGUUCGCCUUAUGAUGAGUAUCGCCGUGGGUCAAUAAUUGGUACACAAACUGCUGCGGCAGUUUUGGCGGGUCUGCAUUCUUCUCGGGCAGACUCAGAGUUCGAGGGCGAUUUUGCCGGACAGAGCUACCAUGCCGAUAACGAAUUCAAACCGAACCAUUUCUCCGUCGAUCCUGCACUUGACGAGCAGGACUACCUACAAGACCAUAACUUUCCACCUGCACCUGAAUCCGAUUCACAUGGAUUACCAUUGACCGAAUUUGUCAGAUCGUCGUCGCCAAAUGGUCGACCGUCAACAAUGGCAACCAUGCCGUCACUUCAUCGAAGCCUUUCAAGAGGUGGUGGGUAUGCUAAUCGUCCUAGGAAAUCGAGCCUCUCUCAACAAGGCCGCAUGCCAAAACACGAGCGUAAGAAAUCGAAAGAUCUAAAAAGACGGAGUGGUGAGAAGUUUGCCGACCAUAGGUGGCUUGAUCUGGUUGAAGCUGCGGCUAGUGCGACCGAGGAGGAAGGUUCGAGGGAUCUGACUCCUGUGCCGGGAUCUCCAUAUCAAUCGCCAAACAUCACAAACCGAACGCCUAUGCCUCCAUUUGCGAUGGGCUCGCAGUUCCACUCUUCAUUUCAGGCAUCGCCGCUUAAUCGCGCACUCACACCUCCACCUCCAGAACAAAAUGCCCUCGAUUUGCAGCCGUUCCCUUCCGUCGACAGCAGUCUUAGCACCAACCUCUCUCACCACCAUCACAACGUCUCGACCGACAGCGGCUCUCAGUUCCAAAUCAUGCAUCCUCAGAGCCUCGAUUCGACGUCAUCGCCAUUAUUCACACCAGCCAGCCGAGGAGAGCAAGGUGGCAGAAGCAUCGAUAACACAACACCACAUAUAUACUGCGACGGCUGUUCAAAGCCCUUCCUCCUAACUGACUGCCGUGCAUGCACCAAUUGCAUUCGCGGCUUCUGUGACGAAUGCCAAACAGCCAUCUUAACAGAUCGCGUCCCUGGUCGGACCCACGUUCCGACAUGUCCCAAGUGUCAUACCACUGAGCCUGCGUUCAAACCAUUCCAGCUCACGUUCCGAGCUUUUGGCCCACGGUUGGUCUUCAUUUGAAGAGACGCAGAGAGUUCCACGGAAAGGCCGUCGGGGCAAUCAAGCUGUCGAAAAUUCCACUCCAGGAGCUUGGAGU